GAGGACUCGUAGAAAAGGACCAUGCGAGACGCGGGCGAUCGUCUGGGAGGCGCGAGGCUUCGAGUAUCGACGCGGAUUCAAGCUUGUACGUACACAUUUGACAUUGUAGAGCGCUUUAAGGUCUAAAUGGUUACCUCGCGACGUAAAGGAGCUGCGUUAGCGAUAGGCUGGGAUCGAAAUGGAGCAGCUUCCUACCGAGACACGAAGGUCGUCGAAGAUCGGCCUGUUCUUCGUCGCAGCCACAGGCGGGAUCGCGACGGCGAUCAGCGUCGUGUGCUUCUCAUUUGUGAGCCCUGCGGUUCGCAAGGUAUGCCUGCCGUACGUGCCGGCCACGUGUCAGCAGAUGAAAAACGUUAUUCGAGCGUUGGACGGCCGCUCCGGCUCGCUGAUCGACCUCGGCAGCGGCGACGGACGUAUCGUCCUCGCGGCUGCGAAGCGCGGCUUUAAGGCCCGUGGCAUCGAGUUAAAUUCCUGGCUGGUGUGGUAUUCGAGGCUUCAGGCGCUGAUAAACGGCUUGCCGCGCGAGACCGCGGUGUUUCUCAAGCAGGAUUUGUGGAAACAUCAUCUGGGAAGCUACGACAACGUUGUUGUAUUUGGCGUAGAUCAAAUGAUGGAAGAUAUCGAAAGCAAGUUCAAUAGCGAAUUGCAGAAGGAUGCUCUUGUAAUCGCAUGUAGAUUUCCUCUUCCUAACACGCGUCCUGUUACGACGAUUGGACACGGAGUCGACACCGUUUGGGUUUACAAGAUACCUCCGAGCUGAAUUUGAGGUAUACAUUUAGAUUGAAUAAGUUACAGUAAGAAAUAUAAAAAUAAUUGUGUUGUUGUACAUUUAAUACUACGUGCGUUUACUGCAGUACAUAAGGUAUGUAACAUUAACGAUCUUUGUGCUCACAGAUAAGAAAAUAAAUCUAUCUGUCUUAGAUUAAUAUAUCGCGAGAAGUUAAAUAAAUUAUAUCAUUUAUUACGUAUACAAAAUAGCUUAAUACAUUACUUUCUAUUAUAUUGCCUUAAAUCUCAAUAUAUUUUUCAAACUUAUAAAUUUCUGUUAACAUAACAGACUACUCAAUGCAAUAAAGACUGCAUUUUGCGUC